UAACGAAUUCUCAUUGAGUCUUGAUUGUUAUAUAAUAUAAAGUGUUGGAAAGUCGCUUUCUCCUUUGGAACGUUGAGAAGAAGAAAAAGAAGAAGAAAAUGGAAAGCAUGAAGCAAAGCAGCAGCAUGGAGACAGAGACAGAGACAGAGUUUGAGGACUUGCUGCCAUUGAUGGCAGAGAAGCUUGAUGUGGAGUCCUUUGUUUCAGAACUGUGUGGGGGUUUCAAGCUUCUGUCAGACCCAGAAACAGGUUUGAUAACAAGUCAGAGUCUUUUGACAAAUUCAGCUCUUCUUGGCAUGGAAGGCAUGAGUAUGGAGGAUGCAGAUGCGAUGGUUAGACAGGGUGAUCUUGAUGGAGAUGGAAAGCUUAAUCAAACUGAGUUUUGCAUUCUCAUGGUAAGGCUCAGCCCUGGAAUCAUGGAACAUGCUGAGGCAUGGCUGGAAAAGGCAAUUCAUCAAGAACUCACCAAGUCCUAGAUAUGUUCUUCUUGUUGUUGUUGUUCGUUCUGUCAUCAAUUCUGAGUUACAUCAUGUAUCAGAAUCUUAUCUGUUUUGAUCUGUGAUGCAACUGAUGAAACUCUUCUCUGUAUUGAAGGGGUGUUCAUUAUUAAUGAAAUGAGUUUCUAUGGUCAUCCAAUGAUAGCCAAUAUCAGAUAAAUUUUGAACUUUUUUUUCUUCUGUUAUCUUGUAAGUGUUCAUAGAUAAAUUUAUCUCAAGAAAGGUAUUAGUGUCAUUUGAUGGUUU